CCCCGCCAAAUAAAAACAUCUCGAGCAUACUUCCGUUCAUUUUCAUGAUCUGACACUUUUUAGCUUAGAGAAGCUAAAACUCCUUUUUUUUAUAUACACGUCUACAUCUUUCUCCAUAAUCAUGCUUCAGGUUCCCCUUCGAGAGAAAGCCAAUGGUGCUAAUAAAGGCACCAAGGCCGUCAUCUUAGUCGGCGGCCCUUCGAGAGGAACCCGGUUUCGCCCUCUCUCGCUCGAUGUCCCCAAGCCCCUCUUCGACGUUGCUGGACACCCUAUCGUAUGGCACUGCUUGACCGCUAUUGCGAAAGUACCCUCCAUUCAGGAGGUUGUCAUGAUCGGUUACUACGACGAAUCCGUAUUCAAGGACUUCAUCAAAGAAGCCGCCUCCGAGUUCCCUAACCUCCCUAUCAAAUACCUACGAGAAUACCAAGCCCUAGGUACCGCAGGCGGCCUUUACCACUUCCGAGAUGCGAUUCUCAAGGGCCGACCCGAGCGCAUCUUCGUCCUCAACUCGGACGUGUGCUGUUCUUUCCCGCUCAACGAGAUGGCCGAGCUCUUCGACAAUAAGGAUGCCGAGGCUGUCAUUCUGGGAACGCGGGUGAGCGAAGACGCCGCGACCAACUUCGGUUGCAUUGUGUCCGAUCAGCACUCCCGCCGUGUCCUACAUUACGUCGAGAAGCCGGAAAGCCACAUAUCCAACCUGAUCAACUGCGGCGUAUACCUAUUCAGCGUCGACGCCAUCUUCCCCAGCAUCAAGACCGCCAUCAAGCGAAGAACCGACCGACCCAGGUUGGUCUCGUACCCGUCGUCCGAGAACCUCGAGUCGAGCUUCAUGGCUGAAGAGGACGAGGAGCGCAAGAACGAGGUCAUCCGUCUGGAACAGGACAUCCUAAGCGACCUCGCCGAUAGCAAGCAGUUCUUCGUCUACGAGACAAAGGACUUCUGGCGCCAGAUCAAGACCGCCGGCUCCGCCGUCCCGGCCAAUGCGCUAUACCUACAGAAGGCCUACCAGACCGGAUCCAACGAGCUUUCGAAGCCUUCUCCCAACGUCAUACCUCCCGUGUUCAUCCACCCGUCCGCCCACGUCGAUCCUACUGCCAAGCUCGGCCCCAACGUUUCGGUCGGACCCCGUGUAACAAUCGGACCCGGCGCGCGUGUCAAGGAGUCUAUCGUCCUUGAGGAUGCGGAAAUCAAGCACGAUGCUUGCGUUCUGUACUCUAUUGUCGGCUGGAACAGCCGCGUAGGUGCCUGGGCCCGUGUCGAGGGUACACCUACACCCGUCACGAGCCACUCGACUAGCAUCGUGAAGAACGGCGUCAAGGUACAAAGUAUUACCAUUUUAGGCAAGGAAUGCGGUGUCGGAGAUGAAGUGCGCGUGCAGAACUGUGUCUGCUUGCCUUUCAAGGAGUUGAAGAGGGAUGUCGCUAACGAAGUCAUUAUGUAAGAAGAUUGGGUAAACGGAUCAACUUACAGGCCUCUCAUCUUCCUAUGAAAUGUAAGGGUCUAUGGAUCUAAGGAGGCACAGUCGGGUUCCGUCUUCGGUGUAAUGGACUAAUGGACAUUAAAAAAUGCGGUGAUACCUACGGCGUGACAUGCUAGCAAGCGAGGUAGUUAGGACUUUUAUAUAAUUGACGACGCGCUUGCUUUGACUCAACUCAUGAUUGCGGUUUUACUGGCCUGCAGGCCUAGGCUAUUCUCUUAUCGUGUUGACCGUACAAGCAGAUGAAAUCGUCAAUGUCAUGCUGAAGUAUAAUGUUAAAGCAUAUCUCC